CGAAACACGCUAAUCUCUUUCUGAAAACCUGUUUUGUAAGAUGGUUGCCAAACACUCAAACCCUGCAAAAACAAGCGGCCAAACACCCUCACAAUCAUGUCUAGACGAAGCUACAGCCCUCCCCGGCGACAACAGAUCGACUCUCCGACGAACUACGAAUAGCUAUAACGGCUGAGGUUCAACUCAAAGGAAGUCGAUGAAUGGCGGACCGUAACCCUACUUGGGACGAAAACCAGGCACUACUACUUGCGGAAGAAUCGUGCCGCUCGUGCCCUAAACAGACGAUGGGUCGCAGAAAGAAAAUCAGACGCUUCGAGGCCGCCGCCGUCGAUCGAAUCAGUGAGUGUCCUGACUCUGUACUCGUUCACAUUCUCUCCCUCCUAUCAACCGUUGACGCCGUCAAGACCCAAGUUCUGUCCAAGCGAUGGAGAUUCCUCUGGACGUUCCUCCCUUCCCUCCGUUUCCGUUCUUAUAUGUCUGAGGAUUCCGACGACGAGGAUUUUGUAGCUGAAAUGAAUAAUGAAUUCGUUGCCUUCGUUGACAAGACGCUGUCUUCUUCUAACGGCAAGCUCAAGAAAUUAGAGGUUGAGUUUGAAUACGAGCGGCGCCUUGCUUCGAAUGUCGAUUGGUGGACUCGUUUCGCAGCGAUAAUUGGCGUCGAGGAGCUUCGCCUCCAACUCAGGCCUCUUGGCAUCGAGGUCCAUGACAAUGAACGUUACGAGUUGCCACAGCUUCUGUAUGGCAAUUCUUGGUUCAAAGAAUUGCAUUUUUCGUGGUGUAGGGUUAUUCCGAAAGGAAAUGUUGCGUGGUAUUUCCUAAAGAAAUUGUCGAUUGGAGAUGUGAAGUUGAGUAAUGAUGUGAUUGAAAGGAUAUUAGCGGGUAGUCCUGUGUUGGAGACAUUGGAAUUGCAUUUCUGUGAAGGUUUUAGUCGUUUGGCUGUCACUAAUUCGUGCUUGAAGAAAUUGAUCCUGAGAGUUUGUUUGGAUGGAAAUGACAGUGAGUUGGAAAUUUUGGCUCCUUAUCUACUAUCGCUUGAUAUAUCUGGCUGUUUCUGGAGGAGUUGUCGAUUUAUGAACGUAUCAUCGUUGGUUGAUGCUGUCUUCAACUGCAGCUUUGCAUUUCUUGAGGGAGAUCGGGCUAAUGAUUACGAAAGGUGUCAAAAUCUUGUAGGAGGACUUCUUGCAAGUCUUCUCCAUGUGAAGAAUCUUACGCUAGGUACUUGGGCACUUGAGGUGUUAUCAAUUAUGGAAGCAAAAGGCUUGAGUUCUCCAAUGUUCAAUUGCAAAUGUUUAACAUUUGAUACAGAGAUAGAUAAAUAUGUCCUCCCUGGGAUAGCAAAUGUGUUGAAAAGUACACCUAAUGUGGAAGCAUUGAUCAUGACCUGCACCUUUUCCUCAUUGCGGCGCUUUGGGUUCAGACUCGCGGAACUUUGCAAUUACAAUGGAGAGCAUUAUUGGACAUCACAAAAGUGGAAUUACAAGUGCUUGACGCCGCAUCUAAAAAGUGUUUCAGUUGCUGAACGUUUAAUGAUUUAUUGUUGUGACUCCAACUUUUUUUCUUUCAUACAAUUUCUGUUGAGGAAUGCAAGAGUGCUGCAAAAGAUGGUUAUCAGUAAGCCGCAGAAGAAAUAUUUCAAAGCAGCUCAAAAGCUUUUAAGCUUUCCCAGAUCGUCUCCUGAUGCAGUAGUUAUCUUCUAUUAAUAAGAAAAUGGACGAAGAGCCCCUAUGUUGUGAUUCUUUCAAUUAGGUACACAUAGGUAGGACCCUCCAUUCUGAUUGGUACCACUCUGUCAGUAAAACUGGUGCCUUUUAAUUUGUCUACUUCUUGUAAAUACUGGGUUUGCACUUUUUCUUUUACGAACUGGUGGUUGCCACAUCUUACAUAUUGCAGGCAUAGCGGAUCAUAAGGUAAGGAUUCUAAUAGUAGUUUUUAUUUCAAUGUAGGAGAAGGGGUUGUGUGAGUUGCCAAUUGAAAAGAGUUGUUCUUUUAGUUCUACUUAUGCCUAUGCUGCAGCUGCAGCUGCAGCUACUUAGUGUGUAGAAGUAACAUGUAAUUCUGUUGUUGCUGCUAGUUGUUGACUAUGCUCUGGUUUAGUUCAUUUGUUUCCAG